AUGAGGACAGUGGUCACCCAGCAACAGGACAGUGGUCACCCACAGGUCACCCAGCAUGAGGACAGUGGUCACCCACAUGUCACCCAGCAGGAGGACAGUGGUCACCCACAGGUCACCCAGCAUGAGGACAGUGGUCACCCACAUGUCACCCAGCAUGAGGACAGUGGUCACCCAUAUGUCACCCAGCAGGAGGACAGUGGUCACCCACAUGUCACCCAGCAUGAGGACAGUGGUCACCCACAUGUCACCCAGCAGGAGGACAGUGGUCACCCACAUGUCACCCAGCAUGAGGACAGUGGUCACCCACAGGUCACCCAGCAUGAGGACAGUGGUCACCCACAUGUCACCCAGCAUGAGGACAGUGGUCACCCACAUGGUCACCCAGCAACAGGACAGUGGUCACCCACAGGUCACCCAGCAUGA